AUGGUUUCAAGCUGUGAUCGAUGUUUUUUGUAUGUAGUUGUUCGGGACAGGGGCCACCCUGCGACUCUGCAUCACUGCAGUCGCCGCUCUUGGGCUGGCAGAGCACCUUGGACGGAGCCUUCGCAGUGGUAUAGAUGCGCUGCAGCACUGGAUGCUCCAGUGCCUCCACCAUUGCCAGAGGAGGAACCUGGCGCAGUUAUCAUCGGAGGCGGCAGAGUCGGCGAGGCGCUCUAUGGCAUGGGCGUCGGUAAGGACGUCAUUGUGAGGCGCGGUGAGCCCUUCCCUGACAACAUGCCUGAAGGGCCCAUCUACGUGUGCACCAGAAACGACGCUCUGAAGGGCAUCAUUGACUCAAUCCCAGAGGGCCGCCGUGAGGACCUGGUAUUUAUCCAAAACGGGGCGCUGCUGCCCUUCCUGAAAAAGGAGCUUGGCCCGACCACGCCCUUUACGGUGCUGCUCGUGUACUUCGCGGUCGCGAAGAAGGGCGAGGCGCCCAUCGACGGCAGGACCGACACGGACCCCGACGGCAUGACGGCCGUCAACGCGGACGGCAAGUGGUCCGGCGAGGUGCAGGAGCGGCUGACGACCAGCGGCUUGGCGUGCAACGUCUUGCCCCCGGUCUCGUUCACUCAGGCAUACUGGGAGAAGAAUCUGUGGAUCUCUGCGUACAUGCUCGUGGGAGCCCUUCACGAUGGAUGUUAUGUCGGGGAUGUGGAGCUGCAGCAUCGCCAAGAGGUCGACAACCUCAUAUCCGAGCUCGCCACGGCUGUCACAGCUGCAAAUCCUGACGUCCUAUGGGAGCGUGGACAAUUAUGCGAAAGGCUGGCAGCGUACAGCCGGAGUGUGGCUCAUUUUCCAACGGCUGUCAAGGAUCGAGUUUGA